AUGGCUGCACCAAUGUGAGCAGUGUGAAAGCUCUAGUCUAUUAUCACGUUAAAAACUCCAAAAAACCAGAGACAAAUGAUACUGUACAGUAAAACGUUGCGACGAUUAGUGAAGAAAUUUCCUGGGAAACGUUUCUUUGGUGUCUAUCGGUUCCUCCCUGUCUUUUUCAUCAUCGGGGCUGCCUUGGAAUUCUCAAUGAUCAACUGGCGAGUUGGAGAGGUUAACUUUUACAACACUUAUAAGAAGAAGAAAGUGGAAGAAAUCGUCGAGCAGAAAUUGCAUGAAUCGGUGUGA